AUGGCGACAGACUGGAGUGGACAGGGACACAUUAUAACUUUAAUCGUUUUUCUUUGGAGCGCCGUUGGUGGACGUACAGAGACAGCAAGUGUAAUCGGGACCCAAGUGCUGGGCAUGCGGCUGGAGAGGAGUGAUAAACCGGCCACCACAACAGAAGAUGGGGUCAUUCAGGUAACAGAAGAGAGCACUGUCCAGCUCAGGUUUUAUGGGGUGCAGUUCACCUCGGACUCCUCGUCAGAGAUAAGGUUCAUGGAACACGGGGAGGAUGAGGAUGGGAAAUAUUAUAACGGCGAUGCUAACAGGACUUGUACCGAUUUCACCAAAGAUUUCACCAUCAGUAGCUUCAUGAAUGUCAGCAGCAGAGGUACAGCAGGGAUGGUCAGCAUCAACAUCAAACCGCUCCGCAAGACCGAAAGCGAGAAAGAUUAUAGUCUCUGCGUGAGGGACGGUCCGGGGGACAAGUGGAUCGUGUUGGGGGACAAUGAUGGCAGGGUUCGGGUGGUUGAAGAGAAGAAGCCAUUCAUGCCACUGUGGUGCGAGGUAAUCCUUGUCUCCACUCUGUUAGUGCUGUCCGGUCUAUUCAGCGGGCUUAAUCUCGGACUAAUGGCUCUUGAUCCUAUGGAACUUCGUAUCGUCCAAAGUUGUGGUACAGAAAAAGAGAGGAGGGAUGCUCGCAAAAUCGAGCCUAUUCGCAGGAAAGGAAACUACCUGCUGUGUUCACUUUUGCUCGGCAAUGUGCUUGUCAACACCACCUUGACCAUUAUGUUGGACGAAUUGAUCGGUUCGGGGCUUGGGGCAGUGGCCGCCUCCACUGUAGGCAUUGUCAUUUUCGGCGAGAUAGUCCCUCAGGCUCUCUGCUCCCGUCACGGUUUAGCAGUGGGCGCUAACACCAUACAGUUGACCAAAUUCUUUAUGCUCGCCACCUUCCCGUUAUCUUACCCUAUCAGCAGACUGUUAGAUUGCGUCCUGGGGCAGGAGAUGGGGAAUGUGUACAACCGAGAGAAACUGGUGGAGAUGCUUAAAGUAACUGAGCCUUACAACGACCUGGUGAAAGAGGAGCUCAACAUGAUCCAGGGAGCAUUAGAACUGAGAACCAAAACUGUGGAGGACGUGAUGACCCCUCUCCUCAACUGUUUCAUGAUCCACACGGACGCAAUCCUGGACUUCAACACCAUGUCGGACAUAAUGGAAAGUGGCUACACUCGCAUACCGGUGUACGAGGAGGAGCGCUCCAACAUUGUUGACAUUCUGUACGUCAAGGAUCUGGCGUUCGUGGAUCCAGAUGACUGCACCACCCUCAAAACGGUCACGAAGUUCUACAACCACCCUGUCCACUUUGUCUUCCAUGACACUAAGUUGGACGCCAUGCUGGAGGAGUUUAAGAAAGGGAGGUCCCACCUGGCCAUUGUGCAGAAGGUAAACUGCGAGGGAGAGGGCGACCCCUUCUAUGAGGUCCUGGGCCUGGUCACUCUGGAGGACGUUAUUGAGGAGAUCAUCAAGUCCGAGAUCCUGGACGAGUCAGACCUCUACACUGACAACCGUAACAAGAAAAAGGUGCACCCUAACAAGAGUAAGCGGGACUACUCAGCCUUUAAAGACGAGAGUGAAUCUAAAGUGAAGGUCUCCCCUCAGCUGCUACUGGCUGCACACCGCUUCCUGGCCACAGAGGUGACCCUCUUCAGUCCACUCCAGAUCUCCGACAAGGUCCUGCUGCGGAUCCUCAAGCACCCCGACGUCAUCCAGGAGCUCAAGUUCAACGAGAACGACAAGCGCGCGCCACAGAACUUCCUGUACCUGCGCGGCAAGCCCAUCGACUACUUCAUCCUCAUCCUGCAGGGUCGUGUGGAGGUGGAAGCUGGACAUGAAAACAUGAAGUUUGAGACUGGUCCCUUCUCCUACUAUGGAGUCAUGGCCCUUACCAGCCCCACACUAGAGUUCCGCAGCCCAUCCCAUCUGAGUGGUCUGAACCGCUCGGCGUCUCUGAGCUGCACGGAGCGAGUGGACUCCAUGUCGGUCAGCGGCAGCAACACUCAGCUCAACAGCGCCCCCUGCCCGCAGUACACCCCCGACUUCAGCGUCCGCAUCCUCAGCGACGUCCAGCUCGUCAAGGUGACCCGCGCCCAGUACCAGAACGGCCUGCUGGCGUCCCGGCUGGACAGCACCCCCCAGUCCCCAGAGAGCACCCACGCUCCGCGGUCGCUGGACUACCCGCACCCCCCGCACACCCCCCUGCCCCCCCCGACCCCUCCCGCCUCCAAGAUCACCUCCAACAGCUCCCCUUCCUCCGCCACCACCACCACCACCUCCGCCGCUAAGACCAGCAUGGCCUCCACGGCCAGCAUCAAGACCAGCACGGCCUCCACCGCCAGCAUCAAGACCAGCACGGCGUCCACGGCCACCAUCAAGACCAUCGGCUCCUCCUCCGCCUCCUCCGCCCCGGCGACCACCACCAACAGCAAGCCCGGCAACCCCAGCACCGUCAUCACCAUGACGACGGGGACCGGGACCGGUCGCCGCGUGUCCGUGGGCCGCCGCGGCGACAGCCUGGACGAGACGAGCACGCUGCUGAACAGCGGCCAGCAGAACCAGGCCCAGAACCAGAACCAGGCCCAGAACCAGAACCAGAACUGCAACCAGAACUGCAAGGCCGGGCGGCGCCACAGCCACGGGCCGAGCAGCACGCAGGCCACACACUCUCAGUCUCCGCCGCUGCCGCACGCGCUCGGCCACCUGCUCACGCACGCACACACCGAGAGCACCAUCUGA